AUGGGGACACCGACGACUCUUCUGCUAUUUCUGCUGCUCCUUCUGGGUUCUGCAGUCCCCCAGGAGACCCAGACCCGACCAUACUCUCUGACUUUUCUCUACACUGGGCUGUCCAAGCCCAACAAAGGUUUUCCCAGGUUUCAGGCCACUGCUUACCUCAAUGAUCAGGCCUUCUUCCACUACAAUAGUGAAGGCAAGAAGGCUGAGCCUCUGAAACCCUGGAGUCAGAUGGAAGACAUGGAGGACUGGGAAAAGGAGAGCCAACUUCAGAAGGCCAGAGAGGAAAUAUUCAUGGUGACCCUGAAUGACAUCAUGGACUAUUACAAGGACAGAGAAGGGUCUCAUACCUUUCAGGGAAUGUUUGGUUGUGAGUUCUGGAGUAACAAAAGCAGUGGAGCCUUCUGGAAGUAUGCCUAUGAUGGACAAGACUUCAUAGAGUUCAACAAAGAAAUCCCAGCUUGGGUCCCCUUGGACCCAGCAGCCCAGAGCACCAAGCGGAAGUGGGAGGCAGACAAAGUCUAUGUGAAGCGAGCAAAGGCCUACCUGGAGGAGGAGUGCCCAGGGAUGCUGCAGAGAUACCUGGAACACAGCAAGACUCACCUGGACCGAGAAGAGCAUCCGUCUACAUCAGUCAGCAGUCAUGAGGCCCCAGGAAAAAGUGUGAGACUCAAAUGUCUGGCCCAUUCCUUCUACCCCCGAGGAAUCAGUCUGCACUGGACUCGGGCUGGCGAAGUACAGGCGUCUGCAUCAGGAGGAGAGGUUCUUCCCAGUGGAAAUGGCACAUACCAGAUCUGGAUGGUGGUCACAGUUCCUCCUCACGACAAAGAAACCUACAGCUGCCACCUGGAGCACGGCCACCAGACUCAGACCCUCUCUGUGCUGUUAGACACCCUUCGGGCACGCGUCCUGCGGCGCCCACCCCCACCCCCACCCCCCGAGUCCGGCAAGCUGUCCACGGAAACGCCUUUUGAAAACGGUUUUUAG